UGUGCGGCUUGUGGGUGCUGAAAGUAGGCUUAUCGACUUUGGUGAGUUCGCCCCCUGAAUUGAAGGUGGCGGAAUGGAAAAACUCUCUGCUGAAGCGAGGAAAAUCGAGGCCGUCGGGUGAAGAGAUAAUGCCAACGAGGCAGAUGUGACGCCACGUGCAAGAUUCAGUUAUGUCACUGUGUAACUAAAACUGCAGUGUGACAGUUCGCUCACCACUUGUGUUCACCAACAAUAUGGCUUCGUCCAACCGAGGGAUCCAGAUUGGAUCCGCUUGGUUCCAACGGAAAAUAAAUUUAAGGCCACAACAUAGAGGAGUCCAUCUAGUCACGGAGGAAAUUCUCCGUCAAAUGCCAGAAAUAGGCCAGUUUUCCGUGGGCUUGUUUCAUGUCCAAAUUCUUCACACGUCAGCAAGUUUAGCUUUAAAUGAAAGCUGGGAUCCCGAUGUUCGGGAUGACAUGGAAAUGAUGUUGAAUAAAAUAGUGCCUGAGGGUUUGCCAUACCGGCAUUCAUGUGAAGGGCCCGAUGACAUGCCUGCACACGUCAAAGCAUGCUUCCUUGGGUCAUCACUCUCCAUCCCCAUCACUGAAGGCAAGCUGAAUGUGGGAACAUGGCAAGGCAUCUGGCUUUGUGAACAUCGCGACCAUGCAGGAUCUCGGAAAGUUGUGGUCACUAUUAAUGGUUGUCUUCGAGAUUCUCGAAGUCGCAGUCCUCUAAGUCCAGUUUCUCCAAUGGCUUCAACUAGCAGCUAAUGUUAUCAUAUUGAAGAAUGCAUUAAAAGCGGGCUGUCACUGUGAAUGUGUGAGUUGUUACCUGCAGCAAAAUCAUGGGGAACUAUUCAAUCAAAUACUCUAGUUGUGUAGGGUCAAUAGCAUCAUUUGCUCUUCUGUGACUCUUGCAGUCCCAACUCGCCGCUGAUGUCAGGGUUUAUUGAGUUUUGCAGCUCUUGUGUAAACAGUCAUAAGUGUUGCUGAAAUCUUUGUACUGUCAUUCCAAAUGAGUUCUUGUUAGUCAUGUCAGUGUUCACCUCUGUGAUUUUAUCCCACUUAAGUGUAAAUUUGCAAAGAGUUUUAGUACAAAGUGUGCCUAGUCAAACAAAUGAUAGAGUUGUGGUCAUUGGUGUGAAAGAGACUCAUAUGAAGGACCUUGGAGCUACCCAACCCCUAUUGCAUGGGUUGCACAGGCCGCACAAGUCCAAUUCAUUGUCAUUUCAAGGAUAAUGGGUGAUUUUUCUGAUACCUCACUCGCCGGUGCCUUGACACCACUUCUUUGCUCAAAAUCCUUUACUCCCUCCUUAUUUGAAUUGCGUAAUAUUUGUGCUUAAUUUUUCACUCUUGGUUUUAUAUCCAGUUGUUGUUGUUGAUGUUGUUGCACCCUACCUGUGUAGAUGGGGAAAGCGGAUGUGAGCAUUGAAGUCCAUGUGUUUGGCCUUCCUGUUAAUUUUGAGUGUGGUCUCAAAGACAAUAAUAUUUCACCCUUACUUCUCUUUGAUCAGUGUGAUUAAGUCAUGUACUUGAGGUGAGCUAGGAAACUUGCUUGUUUAGUUUUAAAGCAGCGCACAAACAUGUCUGUCUCGCAAAUGGUAAGAGAUAUGAAGCAAGUUGCCAUGGACCAUUUUAAUAAGAAGUUAAAGGCACACUUAUGACCGUUAGCCAAGUGCUUGCAUGAACAGAGUUUACUCAUUUAUGCCGUUCCACUUAGAAAUACAGAUGUUUUACUUAUAAUGAGAAUUUGGGGUUUGAUGAGUUUUGAACCUUACAAGAGCUGAAUAUUUACAGGUUUAAUUUCAGAUGUCAUUGCAUCACAAGGAAGUGAAGCCUGCCAUUGUUAUUGUUAAUACAACUUGAGCAACAACCACAUUCCAUUGUUUUUCUGUGUUAAAACUUUGUGGCAUCACAUUCUUAAAAUUGACUACACGCCUGUAACAGUAGUUACAAAUGAGUUGAGAUCUUUAAAAAGUUGUUUACAGACUGGGAAAAAAAUGAAAUAAAGGAUUUUAUUGGAA